GUUCGAAAUUCUGCUGAAGUCCUUCGCCUGCAAGCUAUGAAGUUCUGAUUGAUUUGAUCUAACACGUGACUCCUAUCUUUCCUCCAAAAAUUGAAGAUCUCACGACAUCGAGCUUGAGAGGUUCAGACAGCAACGACACCCUGCACAACCAUGGCUGUCUCAAUGCUCCGCAGAUUCCUAAUGCCAUCUGUACGGAUGCCAGUUUCAUUCACAGCGUCCAAACCGACAACAGCUCUCUCCUCUCUGAGCCGCAAUUUCUCCUCGACUCCAAUACCAUUCGCAACCUACAAUCAAGUCGCGAAGGGAUGCCGUAAACAACAACGCGCACGAAAAGCCGUCUCUCCAGCCCUCCGAGACGUCAAUGCCCCCGAGCUCAAAGGCGUUUGCUUAAAGGUCGGAAUCACGAAACCCAAGAAACCCAACUCUGCGGAGCGAAAAACGGCAAGAGUGAGAUUAAGCACGGGGAGAGUGGUGACGUGUUAUAUUCCCGGAGAAGGACAUAAUGUGCAGCAGCAUUCUGUGGUGCUGGUUAGAGGAGGAAGGAGUCAGGAUUGUCCUGGUGUGAGGUAUCAUUUGGUUAGAGGGGCUAUGGACUUGGGUGGUGUGGGAAACAGAGCUACGAGUCGAUCGAAAUACGGAACGAAAAAGCCAAAGAAAGCAGCAGCAUAGACCGACAAGCAUCUAGGAGACGAUAGAGUGCUCUGGAGAGACCUGUGAUGAAAUGGAAUAAUGUUGGCAUAAGUCUGCAUUGGUGGCGUUCAAGGAGGCUGCUGUGUGUAGAUGUAUAGUAUUGUAUACUACGAAUAGAGCUGGCAAAGCCCACCCACAAUAGAGGGCG